UGUCCAGAGUGACUGAGGUCUUCGACAUCUCACAAGUUUCCACAGAUCACAAGUUCCCACAGUUACCAUAACAGUUAUGUCUUCUAAGCCACUUACUGUGCUAAAUAAACACAGCAAAUUUAUUGCAUUCAGGAUAACGGUAAAUCAGUUUACAUUCAUGAGUUUAGUCACUAAGGAUGACAAUUUCGUUAUAUUGUGGCUAGUUUAAAACAGGAAAACUGACACCCGCAAGAUACUUGCCAUCAAGCACUUGUAUAACCACAUAUGUAAAGAACUAAACGUACACAAACACACACGAAAAGUUCCUGUGAACAUUCAAAGAUAUAUUCAGCAUAAUGUAUGUUAAAUAAAGAAGGUAAUAGAUGAGAAGGAGUGUAGGAGAUGUUAGUGUGGUGGGAGCGUGUGGUAAGAGGAGCAGCAACCUUGGUGUUAGUGGUGGCCAGAGUAACAUCAAUAGUGUAGCAGCAGGCAGCUGCCUCUCAUCUACCACCAUCACAACACUAUACAUGUGUAUCACUGCCUCACACAUCUCAUCAUCACUCUACACUCACAGUUAGUGAGUGUACGUGUUAACACAACAUUCACAGUUAGUGUCUGCAUCUUCAACGUCAACAAUGACCAAACAUUCAAUAUUGAUUGUCAAGAAUAAAAACAAAAUUGCCGUAGCUACCAGAACACUACUUCUAUCAACCUUUUUUACUCAACAGUAACAACAGCAGUGACAGUAACAGCAACAGCAGGAGCAAGAACGAGGUUGAGUGGAUAUGCAAGUAAUGUGUCGCUGGCGUCGAGGUAAUCAGGGAGUCUGGCUGGGGAUCCUAGCUGUAGCUAUAAUAAUAUAUGUGCUAAAAGUACUCUGGCCUACUUAUAUCCCUAGGCCUCCCACACCAAUACAUCUGAUGAAUACAACAGCUUACAUAAACAGCUUGCAUCAUAUGACACUGGAGCCAGUUAAAGCCACCAAGUCAUGUAACAACAACAGCAGCAAGGUACAAGUACUGAUCCUUGUAUCAUCUUCGAUACCGAAUUUUGAAGCCAGACAAGCAGUGAGGAGAUCCUGGGGGGCCAACUUGCCAUCUCUGUGGCCUCUAGUUUUCUUUAUUGGAGCUACCACAGAUGCCUUACUGCAGGAGAAGGUGAGAGUUGAAGCGCAAGAGUAUGGAGACAUUGCACAAGACCUGAGUUUCUACGACUCUUACUCCAAUCUCACUCUUAAGACACUCAGUCUUCUCAGUUGGUCACAACACUUUUGCACUCAUGCCACUUACAUUCUAAAAAUUGACGAAGACAUUUUCCUUAACGUACACAAAUUAUACAACUUAACAAUGUGUGUCACUGAGGCAAGAAAAACUAUGUAUACAAAAAAGAAGAAAGACAAGCCAUUCAGUUCUGGUCAGCUGGGAGGAGUCAGCACUCAUCAGUCUUUCUUGGAAGCAUUGACAGAUAACUCAUGUGAUGCCUUAACACCAAGUAAAUACAUUAAUUAUUUUAUCAAUUCCCAAACUCAUGAAUACGAAUCGUAUAUGUUCGGAGGUUACUUGUACAAUGGAGUGAAAGCCGAGAGGAACCCUCAGUCAAAGUGGUAUUUAGAUCCUAUGUUAUAUUCUAAUGAUAUUUUGCCACCAUUCUUGUCUGGCACUUCUUAUAUUAUUACCUCAAACCUCAUCCCUCAUCUGCUAGAAGAAGCAAAAUUCACAUCACUAAUACAGCUGGAAGAUGUUUACAUCUCAGGACUUGUAGGCAACAACAGACUAAAGAUCAAACUAAGUCACUUGGAGGGAUGGACUCAAUUCCGUCCUUGGUGGGAUGACCCAUGCAUUUACCGUGAGCUCCUCACCUCGCAUGGUUUCUCUCCACCCGAGCUGCUUAGUGUCUUUCAGGCUGUUAAUAAUUUAAGUCAUACUGCCUGUGAUAGCUUUUUACUGAAUGUUAUGAAAACCUUCACUUUAUUUGUAUCCUCUAUUUUCCCCAGGGUACCAUCCUAAUACAGUGGACCCCCGGUUCGCGAUGCUAUCUGUAUCCAAUAAAUCUGGUAGCUGAUGCAUUAUAUCGCCAAAAUUUUGCCUCGGUUCCCGUUACAAAACCCGAUAUGCGAUGCGAUUCAUACGAGAUGUGUCCACGUGUGUCCUGAACUGCCCCGUGUGUGCCAGUGUUUACAAGCCAGCCAGUGUGCGCGCAUCUAAGGAUACAUUCGGUACAUUCCAUAUUAUCACUGUUUUUGGUGCUUGUUUCUGCAAAAUAAGUCACCAUGGGCCCCAAGAAAGCUUCUAGUGCCAACCCUGUGGUAAAAAGGGUAAGAAUUAGUAUGGAAAUUAAGAAAGAUUUUGAAGGGUUUGGGGCUAACCCUGAGAAGCCUAUGCCAAUUGUGGAAUCCAUUGUGCCUACUUCAAAGAUUAAGGAAAUGUGUGCAAAGUGGGUUGAACUGCAAACCUUUAUGGAUGAAAAUCACCCUAACACAGCUAUUGCAAGCCGUGCUGGUGACUAUUACAGUGACAAUGUUGUGACCCAUUUUAGACAAAUCUUAAAGGAAUGGGAGGUACAGAGCUCUUUGGACAGAUAUAUUGUGUGACAGAAGUCCAGUGACUCUGAAGCUGGUCCUAGUGGCAUUAAAAGAAGAAGGGAAGUAACCCCAGAAAAGGACUUGCUACCUCAAGUCCUAAUGGAGGGGGAUUCCCCUUCUAAACAAUAGGUUCAACACUCUCCCCUCCUCCCAUCCCAUCAAUCAUCACCAGAUCUUCAUUAAAGGUAAGUGUCAAUUAUUCUAUUGUUAUUGUAAUUAUUCUAUUGCAUUAAACUUAAUAUUUCAUGUGGUAAAAGUUUUUUUUUUUUCAUACUUUUGGGUGUCUUGCAUGGAUUAAUUUGAUUUCCAUUAUUUCUUAUGGGGAAAAUUUAUUCGCUUUCCGAUAAUUUUGGUUUACGAUAGUUCUCAGGAACGGAUUAAUAUCGUGAACCGGGGUCCACUGUACUGCACCCAGUUCUACAAGGAAAAGCAUAUGUACUUAUUGAAAAAAAUUACUACAUUUGGGCAAAACAAAGAUAAACCCCAAAAAUAUUGAGUAACUGUGCAGAACUAAACAGGGACAUACACUAUAAAAGAAAAAAGGUUGAUUUAAUGGAUUCAAAUGCAGAGUACCGAUGUGAAAGACGGCUAAAUUAUGUUUCGACAGCCCUAUUAUGUCCAGCUCUUGAAGGAGGAUCUUGAGUGAAGGAAGGCAUUAGAGACGUACAAAGAUCUCAUUUAGUUUGUUACUAUGCAACAUUAGUUUAGUUUGAUAUGUUUAUUAUGCACCCCAUACCCAUCCUGUGGGCGGUAGUCAAAAUAUUAUAGAGGUACAUAAUGGGUCCAGGGACUGGACCCCAAAGCUUUGAUAGCUGAACUCCAGGUAGAUCUGAUCACAAUCAUGACCAAGUUACAAAGGUAAUGAAUCAUCUACACGUCUACACAUGGUCACAAUCAUAAUAAACAAAUUACAAAGUAAUGAACCAUUCACACGUCCACACCCGGUCACAACUGUAAUGAGUUUUUCGUGCAAAUAUUAAUUGGGUCACAUACAAACACAUGAAUGCAAUCUGCAAUUUUGCAAUGUGAGAGCAAAAUUCAGAAUACGUAUAUCAAUCUGUCCAUUUCCAAAUAAUAUUCUCAUGAGAAUUCUGCACUUGGUAUUAUUUUGCACUAAGAGUAAAAAUUACAAAACAUAAAUAACGUUAGUGGCUUGCGUGCUUUCAUGUGUGCAACAUGCGAUUCGAUGUGUUUCAUUAGUAUUUGCAUAUUUAACCCUUAAACUGUCCAAACAUACAUCUACGUUUUCUCAUGUAACGCUCUGAAUGUAGAUCUAGCUUCGAUUUAACAUGCUUUCUUAUGUAAAAAAAAAAAAUCUAUGUUCGGAGCGCUACACGAGCAAACGUAGAUCUACGUUUAGACAGUUUAAGGGUUAACAGAGCAAGAAAGUACAGCCUCUCCUCAUUUAGUGAUGUACUCAUUUACCAACAAUUCAGACUUAUGAAGGGCUCUCUGACCAGUAUGCAUACCUAAAUAAUGUACAGUGGACCCCCAGAUUACAUCGUCAUUGGAAUAGUACGU